GAGAAGGUUGGUACAAAGAAAGGAUAACGGCCAAUUGCUCAUAACGAGAGGGUGGGGAUAGUGAUAAUGAUGACAAAGGUGCGAAGAAACGAAAAGAAAGAUUUCUUGUGGAAGCUUCCAGUGCUGAAGUCGGAACGAUUAGGAAAAUUAGGUCCUGCGCUUGGAAUUGGUGCUGGCUGCGGCUUUGGCUUCGCAAUCGGACUUCUCGGAGGAUUUGGUCUUGGCAUUUCUGGCUUGCAGUUUGGUUUUGGGAUUGGCUCUGGUUGUGGGGUCGGCUUAGGAUUUGGGUAUGGUUUUGGCAAGGGAGUUGCUUAUGAUGAUAGGAAGAGGUAUUCAAAUGUUGGAGAAUUCUCAAAAAGCGCCUCAAAAAGCACAAGGACUUUUCCUUCAUCUCAUGGCAGGGACGAGUUAAACGAUGUAUUGGAUGAUCUUGUCGUAAACAGCAAGAAGUUACUAGAAGAAACUUCCAGGGAGAUUGACAAGUGGAGAAAAUAAUGAAUUUGCCUAGCUAUGCAUGCCAAGGUAAACAUAUUUCUUCUCCCUACUUUACAAGCUUUAAUCUCAUUCAAAUUAUUAUUUUUUAUUUUGAAAAUAGAAUUACACUUGCCCAAUGUUCACUAUGCCAGUCUGGUUGGUUCUAUUCUACCCUUAGUUUUGAUGUA